GAAAAUAUAUCAGUCUCUUCUUGGGACGUGAACGCGCGACUAUGGGUUCUGUUAAUGAGCCACGAACCGCCCACAAUCCAGAAUUUUGAAUACAGUGCCAUUAUUUUUUAUCUACAAGUUGUAAUUUUUUUGCACUAAAAAUUGCAAACUAAUCAUUUGAUUUUCUACCCACCGACGUGACUAUAAACAGCAGUGGUAAAAAUUGUCUGUAUAAGUGAACCAAUUAUGAAUUUAUAAUUUAUAAUCAUUAAUUAUAUUAACUGAAUUAUAAAUAUAAAGUGUCGUAUAUUAAGUUACAGGGUUUGAUGAAAUAAGUUAGAAGUUAUAAUAGAUUUAGCGAAUUAAUUAAAAUAUAUAUAUGGUAAAAUAACUGCAAACGGUGCAAAUUUACUAGUGGUGUUAGGCGGAAGGGUAGAAAAAGUUAGCAAGUGGACUUGCGUAGAUUUUCGUCAGACGUAAGGGUAGUACCCGCGAGGCAAAUGCGAGUCUAGCUGGAUAUUAACGAUUAGGCAAACCAUAAUAAUGUCAGUGCUACUAGAAGCGAGGCCUUACAGGCCAUUCAAGUCCUCCGAAGAGUACUUGAUCGCGAUGAAGGAGGAUUUAGCCGAAUGGCUUAACGCUUUGUACCCAGAGUUGAGAGUUAACUUGGAUAACUUUAUGGACAGGCUUGACACUGGGGUCCCUCUAUGCAAGCAUGCGAACAAUGUGCGAAAAGCAGCCUCGGAGUACAUAGCGCGUCGUCAAGCCCGCAAGCAGAUGACACGUUCGAUAACUUCAUCUCUGGCGGUGCCUAUGACCCAGUUGAGUGACGUGGCCUUCCUACCAAACGCCAAGGCCGGUACUUUCUUCGCCCGUGACAACGUCUCUAAUUUUAUAAGUUGGUGUCGUAAUAGUCUCGGUAUCAUUGAUUGUCUACUUUUCGAGAGCGACGACCUCAUAAUGCGAAAAAACGAGAGACACGUGAUACUUUGUUUACUUGAAGUCGCGAGACGCGGCGCCAAGUUCGGAAUGCUCGCGCCUAUGCUCGUGCAAAUGGAACGACAAAUUGACCGCGAGAUCGCCGCUGAAAACAAAGCCUCCAAUGGGACCGGAAACGACGAGAGCGAUGACGAGUACGGCGAAAUGCAACAAGAAGAGCCAUACUUAAUUUACGGUCCCCAGCCGCAAAUUGUUACCAACGAUCUCAAGAGCCUCGAUGAAAUGGUUCGCGAUUUGGUAGAAAAAUGCACUUGCCCGACCCAGUUUCCGAUGAUCCGCGUCUCCGAAGGAAAAUACAGAAUCGGUGACACGAAAGUCCUCAUCUUCGUAAGAAUUUUAAGAAGCCACGUUAUGGUACGGGUGGGCGGAGGUUGGGACACUCUCAGUCACUAUCUCGACAAACACGAUCCCUGUCGCUGUCGUACUUCACAUCGAUCAAUGAUUUCUGCGAAGCUUAUUCAAAAAGCCAGCGGAUCUUUUGACCUCGGUAGCGCGCAGGUGCAUUACGAAAGAUCACCUCCGAGAACACGCAGGAGUUCGGCUUCAAGUGUCGGUUCCUGUGGUGGUACAGUGCAACAGCAACAGCAACAGCAGCAGCAGCAGACACCAGCAGCUCACUCCCUUCAAACACCACGCAGCGUAUCGACAAACCGAUCUCGCUCGCCGACGCCGCAUCACGUAACCCGACAGCAUCUCGGCGAGGAUCUGACACGCUUAGCCAACCGAUCAAUGAGUCCUACUCCUCAGAGCAAAGGGAGUCCAGUGCACCAGCCUGGUAACGACCUUGAGAGGAAGCAGCGGUCAAGGUCCCCGACGCCGAAACCAGACGGAGCUAAGCCUGGUCGUACAAGUCCGCUUGAUGCCACCAGAAAGGCAUUGAAUGAAGAAAUACGACAGGUCAAGUACGACAACAGAUCACAGAUGUAUCACACUCGUCACCAGGAUAACUACCAGGAUCCUAAGAAAGAUCUUCACCAGGAGAUACGUUCAAAAGUUCCUCUCUCGGAAGAAUUUUCAAAGCGAUACGUAGUGGAGGGCGGAGUAGCACGUCGUGCUUUCGACAAAGAAGACACACCAAAGUAUGAACCGGCGAUUUAUAAUUACAAGUGCGGUCAAGACUCGAGCAAUAGUCGCAGUCCUACCCCCAGUCCGCCGGCAAUAAAAGAAGAAACAAUCGAUUCAUUUGGAAAGGAUGUGUGCCAUUAUACGAAGUCCGGUCAUGACGGCGAGCACUCGGAUAACGGGAGUGAGGUGUCUGAUGAGGGUUAUAGGAGCUUAGGCGCUGUUCAGCCACCAGCACCUACUUCCAACGGUACCAGCACCACCACCGCCGGUACUGGUAUUACCAACAGUCAAGGCUCGCCCACGGUUGUCGACUGUCCAAAACAACCGUUCACUAAACUGGAGAAAGAGCGUUCGUGUGUCGACACGGAGAGUAUAGAAACAGGUUUGAGAAAAACAAAAGUAUCCCCAUCUCCGGCGAGCCCACUACGUAAUUCACCAUCACGAAGUGUCACUAGUUCGUCAGGAGAACGGACACCUCGUGCAAAUUCAAUGGUUCGCGAAAACAGCAAUUUGUCGAGAUGUUCCUCGGGUAGUAGAACGCCACGAGAGGGUAAUUCAAGCCCCGAAGGAAGUCCUUUAAAACGUAAUGCCGUGAGAAAUAGCAUUAAAAAGUUACCACCGGCUGUAACUGUCAGCAAAGCAUCAGCGGUACCACGAGCUCAUCAAAACCACUUGACAGCCGGCAGUAACACCUGGAAUGGCAGACAAUCGCGACAACGACCCGGAUUGUCUUCAGACACUUUCGUAAACCCGUCCUCCCCGCUCCACAAUAACUCUGCUAGCGGAAAUGCUAAUCGCGCAUCGCCCACAAAUUUCUCACGGAAAAGUUCAGUAAGACAAAGUCUCCCCAAGUCCUCGCUGAUGAACGGCGUCCAGUAUGACAGGAACGGAAGACGGAUAAAACCACCGGCCUCUAGUGUCUCUCUCCAGUCAUCUCCGACUAAAGCUGCUAAUCCCCUGCUAGAGCAAAUCCUACAGAAAGUCGGUCAUCUCCAGGAUGACAAACAAGUCGUCCAGAAACUCCAAGACUUCUUGAGAGAUUACCAGACUCAUGCUACAGACGGAGAACCUAAUCUAGAAUUCACGCGGGCGUGGAUUGACGGAAACGGUACUGUUGCCCUCCCUGAAGAAGUUCCAGUUGUUACCAGUCCUAGAAAAGAUCCUAAAGCUGCUAAUGACCGCGGUAAUUUUUCCAGAAUUCCCGCUCCUGUUUACAAACGGGCGAUGUCAGUUGCGUCUGACAGUAUUUGAAAUAAGGGUAAGAAUUUAAGGCUUUAGUUUUAAGGUUUUAUUAAAUUUCACUGCGGUUUUAUUAUGCAAGUAGUUAUACCAGUUGGACCUAAUGAGAUUUACAGUUUGUAUCUAUAUCGAUUUAAUAUACAUAUGUGGAAAAUUAUUUUACAAUUUGUUUGUAGGAUAUUUAUAAAUCGAUUGAUGUGUUUAAUUUUUAUUUUAUCUUAAUCCAAGUUAUUUAUACAAGAUUUAAGGUAAUUUU